GUUUAUCUUACCGUCUUCCCCACACAAUGAGUGAACGUCUUUGGCAUAAAAGACGGAUUAUAUUGAAGUGGAUAUAAUAGAGCUAAAGUCAUAGAAGACUACUACCAAAGGUUUUAGCAUCAAUCUAGUGAGGUUUUUGUUUGCUAUGAAGGUCUCAAGUGUGAGUUGUUAAGUGGUUACCAAAGAGUAAUAUGUUUAGAUGGUUGCUUUAUCAAGACAUUUUUGGGAGGGAUGUUGCUAGUUGCGGUGGACAGAGAUGGAAACACUCAAAUGUUUCUUCUAGCAUGGGAUGCAAUGAAGGGUGAGAACCAUAGCUCUUGGGAGUGGUUUCUAUCAAAAUUGCAAAUCAGUUUAGAAUCAUCAAGUGGAGAAGGUUAUACACUUAUACUAGACCAACAAAAGGAAGUGGGAUGUAACGGGUUUCCCUUGCUGUCAUGCAAUAUCUUGUAUAUUUUCAUGAGAAAAAAGGCCGAAGAUUUUGUUCAUUGUUGCUACAAGAGUGAAGCAUACUUAAGGAGCUACGCUGGGAAUAUUGCUCCAUUAAAGGGAGAAAGAUAUUGACCAACAUCAGAUAUUUUACUUGACCCCCCUCCUAUCAAAGUAGGCUCUGGAAGACCGCAAAAGAAAAGAGGAAAGGAUCCUUAUGAGGAUCCCAAAAAAGCAGGGAAGUUAUCAAGACAUGGAAGAGAGAUGCAUUGUGGUAUUUGUAACUCAAAAGAGCACACCAAAAGAAAGUGUAAAAAUAAAUCUGAUAAGCUGUCACAACAGCUUCCUAAGAGGCAGGGGCUAAAAAAGUAUAUAAUGAUGGUCAAAGUACAUUUUCAAAUAACCACUCAUCAGUGGCCUAACCAUCUAAUAGGGGUAGGGGUGGAAGAUGGAUAAGAAGAGGAAAUAAUGGUGGCAGAUUGAGACAAACUGUAAGAAUUCAUAUAUUCCUUGUGUUAUUAAAAAUGAGAUUAAAUGCGAGUAGAUUAACUUCUAGUCAUAAUUCUUUGUUCAGAUUCCAAGUAGACUCGGUAUAUACUAUAACCCUUCAG